UCGUCGGUGGUACGUGUUGUUGCGCGCGCUUUCACCUCGCCUAUCCUCAUCGUCCCGCGUCGAGACCGUAGCUGUCGCACGGUUUAGUUUGCAAGUACACCACGCGGCGCUGUCCACUGGCACUCGCAAUUUUGUGACUGCCUUGUGUGCGAUUUCUUCGCCAUUUUCUAAGCGGCUCUCGUGAAAACUUUCUCGUCCCUUCCUUUGCGGCCUCGUGACGAGAUGCGAGUCGGCGCGAGCAUGGAUGUUUUCCUCGAUCGCGGUCGAUCAAAUCAGGAAUGAUGUACACGGUGAACAGCGAGAUCGCGCUGUGCCAUGCGACCUCGCGUGGGUUUGUCGCGACCUUUGUGUAGGCUGGCCACCCUGUACAAAGAGAAAACCCCGCAAGGGGGCGAGAGAAAGAGGGAGAAGAAUAGGACACAGUAAGAUUUCGAGAGAUAUCGUCCAACAUCACGCGCAUAGAUUAGCGCUUUGUGUUUUCAAACUGUGCUGAUAACAUAAUCUCCGCUGACGCAGCUCGCAUGCUCACAUACUUCUGCAAUUUAUUUGCUUGGCGAAGAAAUGGCUGGACUUGGUAUUGGAAAAAGGACGCUUUUACGUGAUGUCAAUCCACAUCUAAUUUGUCCAUUGUGUCGUGGCUAUCUCAUAGAUGCUACAACAGUAGUUGAGUGUUUACACUCGUUUUGUAGAAGCUGCAUCUUGAAGCAUCUACGCAAUGUAGCACACUGUCCAUCGUGCAAACAUGCGCUCAACAAGGCGAAGCCAAAUAUCAAAGCCGAUAAGGCAUUGCAAGACAUCGUGUACAAACUGGUGCCCGGAUUGUAUCAUAAGGAAAUGCUGAAAAGAAGGGAGUUUUACAAGAAACAUCCCGAACACGCGAAUUCUGCAACGCCGGAGCAACGUGGUGAAGAUGUGAGCGGACGGUUAAUAUUCAGUCCAGAAGAUGUGGUGAGUUUGAGCCUCGAGUACUCAACGCGAAGAAUGGGUCCGUGGAUUGCGUUAAAGAACACCGACACAGACGCGAAUAAUUCGAACAACACCAACAGUAACAAUAAGCAUAAUAAUAACAAUAAUCAUGAUGACAAUACCGGCGGUAAUAGAAGAUAUCUCCAAUGUCCCGCUCUGGUAACAGUUGCGCACCUGAAAAAGUUCUUGGCGCUAAAAUACAGCGUCGACAUAACGAGAUAUACUAUUGAAAUCUGCCAUCGACUUGCACCACUUCCGGAAAACUGGACCCUCAUAGACGUCGCAUACAUUUAUCCAUGGAAGAGAAAUGCACCGAUGAGAUUGUUCUAUCGAGUAGCAAAAGAGCAGAGACUCGAAGCACCGUCACACCAAAGACCGUCGACACCGGGACUCGGAGCUCGGGACUGCGUGCCGCCGAGUAACGCGCAAGAAAGCUCCAAGUCAGAAGUUAAAUCUGACAGUAAUAGCAACGAUAAAUCUGUGGCAAAAGAAUUGAAUAAGAAGGAGGACGAGGCAAACAAAACAACUACGACGUUGAUUACGACAACGACGAACACAUCUCCCUUGUCGACAACGGCAUGCAAGGACUCGAACAAGCAGAUAAAGAGUCCAAUUAAGAUACUAAAAAAUCCGGACGGAAAAUACGAGGUGCAGAAGAGUUCAUCCGCUACCCUCGGUUGGAAUGAAAAAGAACAAACCGUCGUCGUGACGGAUGCAGACAAAAAUCUUACGAAUCCUGAGUUUAGUGUUGUGAAUUCCAACGGAGUGAAGAUAACACUGAAGCAGCGCUCGCCGCCGCAAAACGGCAACACGAAGAAGCCGAAGAUCGUUAGCAACGUUCUGCUGUCCUGCAGUCCGCCGGAGAAAAUAUUGAGCGCAUUGCAAUCACAGCAGCUACAAAACAAAAGCAAAUUGAUGAGUCCAGUUUCGCCGGAUAAGCAAGAGAAGCAACGACGUAAAGUGACUUUUGUGGAUCGACUACCGAUGUCUGAAAAGACCUCUCCCAGCACCGCCAUGCCGAAAACCGCACUAAAAAAACCGGCGGAGCAGCAGGAGAAGAAACAGUUCCUUCAAGGUUUUCAAUUGACCGCCAGAGAACCAACCGCGUCGGACGACGGCAAGGUGAAAUCUCCCGUUUGUGAUACUGUAGCGGUGGCCGACAAGUUUCUUCAAAAGACUAAUGCAAAAGCGGAGGAAUUCUCUAAGAAGAACACCGAAAAGAGCAACAACGAGAACGUUGGUUCGAAGACCAACAACAAUACCACCGCUACGAAUGUGAUGAGAAAACGUGUUGCCAGCAUGAUGUCUGCUACUAACCCGCGAGUAUACGUGAGUAAAAUCGACAGUGUGGACGGACAUACAUUUAGUGCAGGAACGAAUCCGAACAGCAAAAACAUUGUGAGCGGUAAUCAUGCCGCAAAGUUGGAUGUGUACACGUUCUCGAACGACGCGCCGAUUCUUCCAGCCGGGGCGGUAAAAAGAAAGUGUCCGCCAGGUGUGCCGAUUGCCGAUUUGAAACGCCGGAAAUCGAUGCCUAUCGCGCCAAAACAGAGUGCUAGCAAGAAACAAAAUACUUCUCCGCACAACUCGGUCGCGAAGCAGUCGCACAUUUCCUCCGCGGAGCACGUAGUUCCUACAAGCAGAGCUGUUAAUAUAGCAGGGGAUUACGGCGGUGUGGCCCGCGUGUCUAACGUGAAUAUCGCGAAAACGUCAACCGAUCCAUUAACCUCAAAUGAUACCAGAGAUUUCCUAGUGGAUGGCUAUGGCUUAAAUAUUCCGGCGAGUUUGAGCAUAACGCUGACUUCGCCAAAGUCUCCGGGAACAAGUAAACAAUUUGUCGAACCCAACGAUCCCGUCGAUAACAAUCGGAAGGUCGCGCUGGGCAAGGUGAAUCCUACUAUCACGUUAAAUAACAAGUCAGUCGAUCCGCGCGUGUUGAAGGCUCUGAAAACUGGGCAGAUGAAAAUGCCCAGCACUCCGCCGAAAGCCAAAUCGGCAACGAUGGUGGCGACGAUGGAUCGUAACGAGGCGGCAAAUCAGCAACGAACGACUGGCAGGCAGAAGAGAGAACACGAAUCGUCUCGGGAUAUUCUGGACUUGAGCGGAGGUAACAAAAAGGUGGAGAUACAUCCCUUGAGAAUUCCUCAGCCGGUGACGAAGCUCAAGACCAAUAAAAAUCCUGCGCCCGGCAGGAACAGCAUGCAACCAGGCGGCAUCUCCGAUCAGGGUCAAGUGGUGACGCUUCUGGGCGGUCACAGAUAUUACCGAUCGCCGCCAGGCUCCCUCACACCUGCCGCUCAUCGCGUCACCGAUUGUCCGCUACCACCAGUGUUGCCGCGCGCACCCGUUUACGCGCCGUCUUUUUGCGGCUCCAUAAACCGAUCGAACUCGGAUCUCUCGUCCGUCUUCCCGAGCCUACCGAGCCUUUACGCUCUUCAUCAGGCGCCGAAUCUUCAGCAAUUUCAGUUGGAUACAGUACGACUGAGAAUACCGGAGAGCAGUUCUAACCCAGGUAUUAGCGGCAUGCCGAUAAAAAGUCAUCUGGCCGCUCAGUGCGCGCCCAUUAAGCCCGCAAGAAGUUCUGUGGCGCCUUUGGCGGUACCCAUCGCCAAACACUCGUCCGUUAACAAAAUUACGAAUGCGAAUAAUAAUUGCAUGGGCCAAGGCAACGGGAAUAAUCCUAUGGAUUUUCAUAGCAACGAAGGUCUCGAUUCUACGGGUGAAGUUUCUCAAGCGACUAUUCAAAAGAGAUUUUCUUCGAACAUAGAGAGCACAAAUAAUAAACUCCUUUCGCCGUGCAAACUCGCAAAGAGUAAUGAUCAGGCCACUGUUGAAAUUAAGAACAAAGACUUGAGUGUUGAAGCUAGAAACGAAUCGAACGAUACUGACAAUUCGAUGAUGCAGCAGCAGCAGCAACGACAGCAGCAACAGCAUCGCGAGGCAGCGAGUCCUAGUAUCGUAUCAUCGACCGCUUCGCCGUCACCACCUCCAGGCAAUGGCAAUGGUGGCGUAAGUGCGAGGAACGAAGACACCAUCAGCCGUGAUGACGAAAAUAUCAACAAUACAAGUAAAAGUAACAGUGCGACAACGACACCUCCGACGAAGAGCAAUAUUGCCUCUGAAGUGACAUGCAGCAAAUCGCCCGUCAGCCCGGACUCCAGCUCGGUCACGGUGGAGAGUUCAGGGACGAACAAAAGUUGCUCGACUUCGACGGAUCAGGAAAUGCCAACGGACUCCCAGAUAGCGUCGGAUGCGGCAAAAACCUCGGAUCCGCCCGCGAAUUCGCACAACAGUUCUGUCGACGAUUCAUCCACGUUGGAUGAUAAAAAGAAGUCCCCCAGUAAAUCGGAAACAAACGAAAUUACAAAACAACUAACUUCUGAGAUGGUGCAGAAAAGAUUGCUGGCAGUUUUUCCCUCGAACGAAUGGGCGAAUAAUCCGAUAGCCGCUGAGCAUCUGGGUAACUUCUUGAAGAGUUUGAACGCGACGAUGAAAAGUGAAGAGCAUGCCGAAGGAUCCAAGGCGGAGAAAGCUGACCGAAAGCCUUGUGAUAACGACGGUACAAAAAAUGAUAAUGAUGCUUCCGUGAAAUCGAAGAAAGACGUUGUCGAGCGAUCGUAAUGAUCGAGCCGAUUUUACAAUAUGUCCACAUGUUAUUUCAAGCCGUUGGCAUGAUAAUUUUAUAUACAGAACUAUAGUUUCAACGAAGUGUUUCAGUUUCUUUCAUCUCGAUGCUUGAUAGCGCAGAGAUUUUGGAGCUGUGUCUAGUUAUCGCGGAAAACAAAUAUAUAUUUUUGCUUAACAUCUUUUUUAAAAGACAUACUAUAAUACAAUCGGUGGAGAGGAGUGCAGCAUGAUUAAAUUCUGAGACACUGCCAUACAAAUUGAAGGAUGCCUGAAAAUGUUUUUCACAGGUAGGAGUACAGUUAUUACAAUCAUGUUAAAUGGAAAAGGAGAAUUUCGUGUGAAGUAAAAAGAAGACGUCACGUGUAUUGCAGGAUACGUAGUAUAUAAAGAGUAGUGGAUCGAGAAUGUUAUUUUUUCAAAUUUUUCACAAACACAUCUUUCACACGCUAAAGUGACUUAUACAUUAUUGAUCUAAAUACAUUCCAAAAGAGAGGAUUCGUUAUCUUUUUUCUCUCUUUGCUGAUUUAUAUAUCACACUCAACUUUCAAUCCGUGACAUAAUUGACUGAUUAGGACAUUUUUUCCGCAAAUAAAUUACAUUUUAUACAUUUUAUGUCAUUGCUUACAAUUAUAGAAGGCGUGUUACAAUUAUAGAAAAGUAACAAAAAAAAACAAAAAGUGGUCCAAGCAAAAACAAAUUGUAGAA